AGAGCUCGUGCUCAUGCAUGGUGCAGCGUCGGACUCCGUGACGAUGGACGGUGUAUCGUUGGGACACUGCCUCUCAUGUCUUACCAGUCGGGUGGCCACGUCGGCCUCGCCGCAGCCAAACUGCACCGGAGACUCGGAGGAGGACACGGUGGACGGAGGGAUGCACACCUUCAACCAGACACACAUGCGGAAGGCUUUCCAGCUGAUGAAUGACCUGAGGAGUAAGAAGAUGCUGUGUGAUGUCCAGCUGGUAGCAGGGAGCGUUAAGGUGCCGGCUCACAGAGUGGUCCUGGCUUCCUGUAGCCCCUACUUCUGUGCCAUGUUCACAGGUGAUAUGAGUGAGAGCAAAGCCCAGCAGGUGGAGAUCAGAGAGGUGGAUGGGUGGACCCUGAUGAAACUAGUCGACUACAUCUACACAGCUGAGAUCGAGGUCACAGAGGACAAUGUCCAGGUUCUCCUGCCAGCAGCGAGUCUCCUGCAGCUGAUGGACGUUCGUCAGGUUUGUUGCGAGUUCCUGCAGUCCCAGCUUCACCCCUCCAACUGUCUGGGCAUCAGAGCCUUCGCCGACCUGCACACCUGCACGCAGCUCCUCAACCAGGCCAACGCAUACGCCGAGCAGCAUUUCUGCGAGGUGGUGCAGGGAGAGGAGUUCCUGGGCUUGUCUCUGCAGCAAGUGUGCAGCCUCAUCGCCAGUGACAAACUCACCGUCUCUACUGAGGAGAAGGUGUUUGAGGCAAUGAUAGCGUGGAUCAAACAUGAUAAGGCGGCUCGUCUGGAAUACAUGCCCAACCUGAUGGAGCAUGUCAGACUGCCGUUGCUGUCCAGGGACUACCUGGUACAGAUUGUGGAGGAAGAAGCUCUGAUCAAGAACAACAACGCCUGUAAGGAUUUUCUAAUAGAAGCCAUGAAGUAUCACCUGCUGCCAGCCGACCAGAGACACCUCAUCAAGACGGACAGAACCCGACCACGCACUCCUAUCAGCAUCCCCAAGGUGAUGAUUGUGGUGGGAGGCCAGGCUCCUAAGGCCAUCCGCAGCGUGGAGUGUUAUGACUUUCAGGAAGACCGAUGGUACCAAGUAGCAGACCUGCCGUCCAGACGCUGCCGAGCAGGUGUAGUGUCUAUGGCGGGCCUUGUGUUUGCCAUUGGCGGCUUCGACAGUUCUCUGCGGGAGCGAACGGUGGACGUGUACGACGGGGCGAGGGACCAGUGGAGCGCAGCAGCCAGCAUGCAGGAGAGACGCAGCACACUUGGGGCAGCUGUGUUGGGGGAUCUGCUGUACGCUGUGGGGGGCUUCAACGGAAGCAUAGGUCUGUCUACAGUUGAAGCCUACAGCUACAAGACCAAUGAGUGGAUAUAUGUGGCCUCUAUGAACACCCGACGCAGCAGUGUUGGAGUCGGGGUGGUCGAUGGUAAGCUGUAUGCAGUAGGUGGUUAUGACGGCGCAUCUCGUCAGUGUCUCAGCACAGUGGAGGAAUAUGAUCCCAUCACCGACCAGUGGUGUUAUGUUGCUGACAUGAGCACACGACGCAGUGGGGCAGGUGUGGGUGUGUUGGGCGGUCAGCUGUAUGCAGCGGGCGGUCAUGAUGGGCCCCUGGUGAGGAAGAGUGUCGAGGUGUACGACCCACAGACCAACACCUGGAGAUUAGUCUGUGACAUGAACAUGUGCCGACGCAAUGCAGGUGUGUGUGCCAUUAAUGGGCUGCUGUACGUGAUCGGAGGAGACGAUGGGUCCUGUAACCUCUCCUCGGUGGAGUUUUACAACCCGGCCACGGACAAGUGGAGCCUCAUUCCCACCAACAUGAGCAACGGACGGAGCUACGCCGGAGUGGCAGUGAUUGACAAGCCGUUAUGACUAAGAGCCUCCCACAACAUCGGGUCUUCAGCGGCAGCCACGUUCACCGCAGGACACACUGAUGUGUAACGCUCAACAGCCAAACAGGCAUUUAUUGUCUGAGGAAAAAAAAAAAAGACAUUGGCGAAAUGCUUAGAAACGCUCUCCAUCCUCAGCUGACACAAUCCAGGACAGAACAGGAGAGGUUUCUGGCGCUAACCCAGCCUGCCGAUGUUUAGCUGCUAUAUCGCCAAGCCAAUUCCAUUAGAACCAGGUGAGAUCCUCACGAGCAGGGACCUUUUGCACUCGGCGUCGGAUAUCUGGCUUGUAAAAAUCUCUUUUCCUCAGAUGGAACGUUUUCAGGUGCCAACGAUGUAAUAAGCAGCCCUAUCAGCUGACAGUCACCCAGACAGACUUUGUGUCAGUCAGAGGGAUUUGACUUACACUGGCCAAACAGGGCAGAACUUUUAAAAAUGCACAUUGGCAUAAAGUCAGGUGGCUCGAGCAGCAGUGUCCAGCUCUCCUCUCUGAUGCUCUCACUGACAGCUGGACGACAAAUAUCUGAAUUGAACCAUUCGCUUUUAAGCAGACUGGUUGCUAGUUGCAGCGCUAAUGGUGCUGAUGCAAUAGUUGUGACAUACGGCAACGCUGGCGUGUAAUUGGCAGAGUUAUCCGACAUUUCUGCUGUCGAAAGCUUUUCCUCUCUGACAGAUGAGGAAACGAUUUUGCACCGCGGGAAUGAAGGCCAAACUGGCAGACUUGCUGCGGUUCACGAAACGCGAACACGCUUCUGGACGAGCUGACUCGAUUUCUGAGCGGCUGCAGUAGUGUUUGAACGGUGCUAAACUUUGAGAACUUCACUAAGUUUGACGCCCGACUCAAACACCCACUAACAGCAGCGACAGCGACCUCCUCAAACUCAACUCUCUCAGAUAGAAAUAUGCCAGAGAGCGCUGGUUCUCAACCUGGGGCCUGGAUCCCGGGUGUGGAAAAAUCACUCUGGUGGUUACAAGAUUAUUUGAAGAAUUUAGAUAUAAUUUGAAUAUGCAAAUUAAGUGUCAUAUUUAAUAUUUUGGGGGAGAGAAAUGUUUUCUUUUUUUGUGCGAAAUAGUGGAUAUUUGCAGCCUCUUGGCUUCUAUGAAUAUAUGAUCAAGUGCAGUUUAUAGCUCUAUCAAAGUUUUUUUUUUUUUUUUUUUUUUUUUUGUAAUUGCUUUCAGUCCCCUAGAAAAGGUUGAGAACCACUGCCAUGACAAGACACCCAGACCAGUCGACCAGUCGAUGUGGGAUCUGACGAAUCUGCUGUGGACACACCGACACUACUGAUGCACUGAACUCAUGCACUGACUGAUCCAGACUGGCAGGCUGGCACCGUGCCGCUCUGACCAUCUGACUGACUGACUGACUGACUGACUGACUGACUGACUGACGGCCUGGAUCACCAGCCUGCUGUCAGUCAGACGCUUACUCAGCUGUCUGUCGCCAUUACUGAUCAUCACCCACUAGGCCGAGAGUCUCAUCGCACUUUCUAAAACAUGAAUAAAUAAAUAACUAAAUAAAUAAACUUACUAACAAACUGAUCCGUUAAGCGACCAAGGGAGUGUCUCAGACGCACUGUAGGGACUCAACUGUAAAAUGAUGAUGAUGAUGAUGAUGAUGAUGAUGAUGUUGUUUUAGGUCACACUCGUAUUCAUAUCCAAGUUUUCAUUCCUCGCUUUGCAUUGCUGCUCACAUUCCUGAAGGCGAUAACGGGGGCGUUUUUUUUAGAAGUGAUCUUCAGUUGGAGAUGAUAUUUAGAUGUUUUCUCGCAAGCGGCUUGAGGAGCUGAUCUCCCGUUUCUGCCUGCCGUCUUCCAGACCGACGCAGUAAAUAAUGACAGGAACUGCCGUCACUUUGAAGCCCGAAAAAGACACGCGUCUUAGUUUUGCGAUGAUCUUACGUUAUAAUUUGUUUGAGUAGUGUAGACUGGGUGUUGCGAGCCAGUUAUGAGGCCAUGAUGAGGUCUUGAGUGGAAAGGCGCUUGAGUGAUCGCUCGGUUCAUAGAUGAAGACAGAGCUUGUGCACUUUAGGAAAUUACACAUACCAUCACCAUCCAGAUGAUUUGACUAUACAAAUUUCAAGUGCGCUGGCUUGGCAGACGUUUCCAAAGCAAGCUCGUGUAUCAGCACACGAUAAUAUUUUAUACAACAGAUUAAACAGCAAUAAAAUCUGUUAAGCUCUUGUGGCAAAAAAUAAAGUUGGAACGAGCCACAGUCGGUGGAGACUUCUUUGAAGCUGACAAAUUUUGCUUUUACCCUUUAUUUUGUAAGGGCUUCCCUUCCCUGUCACAUCACCGCAAACUGUUUUCUCUUGAAGGGGCAGAAUGACAUGAUCAUAGGGUUUUUUAUUUUCCACAAGGAUGCCAGUGGACACAGUGGAUUUAUUUUUGACUCAGUAGUGAGCAGCACAUCCUCUGUCAGGGUUAAAGUAUCUUUAACCCUGACAGAGGAUGCGUUUGCUUCCAUCUUGAGUUGGAAGCAAACGCAGAGUGAGUUAUUUGUAGAACUGGAACCAGAAUGACGGUCAGACAGCUGCACGGUUGCAGUUCCUUAACAUUUUCCCUCAAGUCUGCAGUUAACAAGGAGGAAGCUCUCAGUAAUUGGUGCUGCUGAAUAUGUAAAGAUGUUCCAGGAUGUGUGAAACGCCUCCACGAGGCACAGCUGAUCCCUCUACAAAGAAAAAAAAAAAGGAAAUCUGUGAACACAGUGCUUUGACCUUUAAUUUAAGGGGUGAAGAUGUUCCAAAAGCAGCCGCAUGUAUCUGCCUUCAUCAUGAGAACUUUCUGAAUAUAUGACAGUAUCAGGUAGAUGAGGCUGUAACUGCAGCGUGUUUUACAUUGUAGUUAGACUCAACAUGCAGGAGUUAUAAUAUCCUGGUGUGCCACAGUUUUUUUUUUUUUCUUUUUUUUUUCUACAGCUGAAAUCUUAAGGUUUUCCUUGACAGCCAGUGGUGGUGUUAAGGUGACAGCGUCAUUUACCCAAAAUUCACGUUAAAAUAAUUAGAAAUGUUGCUGAAUUAAUGUUGUCAUGAUAAUGUAUGCACAGGAAAACAAUUUAAACCCUGCAGGCUGCAGUGAAACACAGGGAUGUGGAACAAAACCUUAAAAAAACAAAAAAAACAACAACAAAAAAAAAAAACACCAGUUCUAUGCAGUAAAUCCAGAGGAAACACUGACCGGUCCACUGAACAGGAAGCAAAAAGUGAACCAGCGGUCAGCUCGAUUCAUCAAUAAUUUUGUAACAUGCAA